UAAGGCCUCCAUAAUUGGUUGGCUGGCAUGUCAUGUGUUUUGCUGCAUUUACCUCUGCUCGACUAACUACUUUUUCCACAACUCAUUUUGUUUUUCCCAUCACUUUUAUGGACUAAGUUUGAGCUAAAGUUGAUCCAUUCACACACUUCUUCACACACAUAUACAUAUAUUUUAUAUAAUAGCAUUACUUUACCGAGAUUUUACAGAAAUUAGCUUUCAGUAUCAUUUGUGAAUUCUAUUAUCUCAGGCAAGAAUGUCAAGUUAUACCGUGAAAGUUGAAGAAAGCCGACCAGCUGCUGACGGAAAGCCGUCAGCAGGGCCGGUUUAUAGGAACAUUUAUGCUAAACAUGGUCUUAUGGAAGUGCCUACUCGUUUUGAGUCACCUUGGGAAUUCUUUAGUGAAUCAGUUAAGAAAAAUCCAAAAAAUCAAAUGCUGGGACGCCGUCAGGUUGUCGACAAAAAGGCAGGUCCCUACAAUUGGUUGACAUAUGAGGAGGUUUAUGACACCACAGUUAAGAUUGGUUCAGCCAUUCGAAGCCGUGGUGUUAAUCCAGGAGACAGGUGUGGCAUCGGAAAUUUGGAUCACGAACUUCCUCAGAAAAGGAAGACUGAUAUUUGCUCAAUUAUGUACACUAGCGGAACUACUGGAGAACCAAAAGGUGUCGUUCUGACUAAUGCUGCUUUCAUGGGAGAAGUUCUGUCAAUGGAUCAACUUCUCGUUGAAACAGACAAAGAGGGAACGGAGGAGGAUGUGUACUUUUCGUUCCUUCCACUAGCUCAUAUAUUUGAUCAAAUAAUGGAGACAUAUUGCAUAUACAGGGGUGCUUCAAUAGGAUUUUGGCAAGGCGACAUUAGAUACUUGAUUGAGGAUCUUCUGGUAUUAAAGCCGACUAUAUUCUGUGGUGUUCCAAGAGUUUAUGACCGGAUAUACACAGGUGUGAUGGAAAAAAUUGAAGCUGGAGGUACAUUAAAGAAGCUGCUUUUCCAGUACGCAUACAACUAUAAAUUAAGGAAUAUGGAGAAAGGACUCAGACAAGAUGAAGCAGCUCCUCGUUUUGACAGGCUCGUUUUUGACAAGAUCAAACUAGCAUUUGGUGGACGAGUUCGUCUGAUGCUUUCUGGAGCUGCUCCGUUGCCCAAGCAUGUUGAAGAGUUUCUAAGGGUUACAUGUUGCUGUUCUCUAUCACAAGGCUAUGGUCUUACUGAAAGUUGUGGAGGAUGUCUCACAUCCAUAGCCAAUGUACAAUCCAUGUUAGGAACUGUUGGUGUUCCAAUGACUACAAUUGAGGCAAGACUUGAGUCAGUGCCAGAAAUGGGAUAUGAUGCUCUUGCAAGCGUGCCACGUGGUGAAAUUUGUCUGAGGGGAAAAACCUUGUUUUCAGGGUACCAUAAACGAGAAGAUCUUACAAAAUCUGUACUUGUGGAUGGAUGGUUUCAUACAGGUGACAUUGGUGAGUGGCAGCCAGACGGAGCAAUGAAAAUCAUUGAUCGGAAGAAGAAUAUAUUCAAGCUGUCCCAAGGGGAGUAUGUUGCUGUAGAAAACAUUGAAGGCGUAUAUUCCAGAUGCCCUCUUGUUACAUCAAUCUGGAUAUAUGGAAACAGUUUUGAAUCCUUUUUAGUGGCCGUGGCAGUUCCAGAAAGAAAGGCACUUGAAGACUGGGCCUUGAGUAAUCAAGAAACCGGAGAUUUUCCAUCUCUAUUCAAUAACACAAAGGCAAGGAAGUACAUUUUGGAUGAACUCAACAGCACUGCUAGGAAACACCAACUUCGAGGCUUUGAAAUGUUGCGAGCUGUUCAUUUGGAGCCAAAUCCUUUUGACAUUGAGAGAGAUUUAGUUACCCCCACAUUCAAACUCAAAAGGCCACAACUGCUCAACUAUUACAAGGACAUUGUCGAUCAAUUGUACAAAGAAGCAAAAGCAAAAACUGCAUAGAACUUGGAAGUUCUGAUCAAUUGGCAAGCUUCAAUUUAUUGUUUUGGAAGUUCAGUGUAUUCAUAUCAAGUGCACAUUACUGUUAAUGUAAAUCAAGAACUUGAUACUCAGAAAGACCAGAUAUAUAUAUAUAUGUACUGUCCGGGUUCUUUCCCUUAUACUGUGUAGAUAUGAACUCCAUCAUAUAAUUACCAAGUAAUGAUAAUUAAGUAUCUUGAAUUUAAGUUCAA